UGCCCACUGACAGAAGAAGAAGACGAUUGUGAUAAAGCCGAAAAAAAACAAAAAUAAUCAGAUUAAAAUUAACCAAAAAUGACAGACGAAGCUAAUUUUGCGGAGCAAGUAGUAAAUGAUAAAAACAAAACAAAUGUGCGCUGUCAGUUUUGCAACAGUCUAAUGCUAAAAGCCAAAGAGGGCACCUACUCGGAGCAGAAAAUAGCCGUGCCGCUGAUGGUGCAAAAGAAGGACAGCAAAGCCGAUGCGCUCAACACGGAGACACUGCAUCAUUUCUGGCUGGUCGAGGACAUGAUGUCAUUCGAGAACAUCGGCUUCUCGCACACUGUGGACGGCCGCAAGUUUCUGGUCUGCGCCGACUGCGAACGUGGCCCGGUCGGUUACCAUGAGCUCGCCAGCAAGCGCUGUUACCUGGCCCUGAAGCGUGUGGUGCAUGCGGACGCCUAAGUGGGGACUGGUAACAAGUGAAGGGGUCCUAUUCUAGCAAAGACAUGCACUGCCGGCGCUGCAAGCCAUCGCGUUAGCCCAAUAUUAAAUUGCUUUUAUUAUACUCUGUUCACAUGGCGAACAAAGGGCAUGUUGGCUUUGCGCACGUCUGUCUGUCCGUCCGUAGUUACAUCCGCUUUAGCUAAACUGUUCCCAUUAUUCUAGAUACGCCUACUAAGAUGCGCUUCAAUAGAAUAAAUCUAUAACCUUCACAGUUUUGUAGCCACAAACCUCCAAAAUAGAUCUAAAAUAUAAGUUUUAGGAUUUUCUGGAAGCUGUCAAAUCGAGUAGAUCUAUAUUUCUACUCAGCUCUAAAGCCUCUUCAUAGUUGAAAAACAUUCUUGCCAUCGUCAAGUCAAUAUUUCGUAAAAUUACAGUUUAGGGGUCACCGCCAAUGGGCUACAGUUUCGGAGCCACCAUUGCUAUCAUCUCUUGCUUGUGUUUGCGAACAGAGUAUUUGCCUAGUCGGCUGCACCCGACUCUCGUAAUUGUAAGUGUAAAGGGAAAAGUUAAUCACGCUAAGACAAACGAUUUUAUGAUUUAAGCUUAUUUUCCCCAACAGUAGAUAAAAAAUGAAAUAUAUACGUGUAUAUUUUUUUGUAUUAA